AUGCAUUUCUCAAAAGCUGUCAUCACUGCCAUCUUGGCCUUCACCUCAGUACAAGGUCUACCAACUCAAAAACGCUGUGACACAUGCGGUGUUUCCAGCAAAGAAUCUAAGAUUGAAAAACGUGCUUCUCACGAAUCGCCUUACAGGAAAGCGCGAUUGAGACCUAUCGGCGAUUUUUGUGACAAAUGUCCACCAAAGGAAUUUUUCGAAGCUGGUGGGGCUGGACAUGGCAUGACUCCACACGGCAUGAUGGGAGAAUUCGUUACCGGCAUGUGCAAUGACCAUUGUGGGACUGGUUAUCCCGAUACCUACCCAGUUCUCCAACCUAGAGUUACUAUUUCUUCAUCUGAAUCAAACCCUACCCAGCCUGAAGUUGUUACUUCCCCAUCCGAAUCAACCACCACCCAACCUGAAACGACCCCUUCCCAACCAGCAAGUCAAGAAUAUCCUGAGAUCAAGUCGGAUGAUCACAAAAACGAUAAUUACACCAUCCAAUUUGAAGCUGACGAUAUCAUUGAGUUCAAGCCUGAGACGAAGGGCACUUGCACUACUGAGGGCAAGUUCAACUGUAUUUCUGGAACAUCGUUCCAGCAAUGUGGCAGCGGCACCUGGAGUACUGUUCAAAACAUGGCUCCAGGAACUGUUUGUUUAGCUGGAUACGGGUAUGAUUUGAACACUGCGGCAGUUGAAAAGAGAAUGGCGACGACCCAGGAUAUCCAGAACUUUACUUCAGAGGAACUGGUGACCAAGGCAGAGAAGCAACCUGCUGAAAAGAGACUGUGGAUCCAAGUUUUUAAAUGGGAAUUCUUCGGACCCAAACCACCAGUGCACCUUACUCCAGCGGAGCAGGAAGAGAAAGAAAAGGCAGCAGAAGCAAAAUAUGCCAAAGAAUUUCAUCAGUAUGGCGGACAUGGAGAUCUAAAGAAGGAAGCUGAGGAAAAGAAAGCUGCCGAUGAGAAACACGCCAAAGAAUUUCAUCAAUUUGGUGGUGUCAAUAAGGAAGACGAGAAGAAGAAAGCCAAGGAGGAGGAGAAAGAAGCCCUUGCUUGGAAACAAUUUGGACCCAAGGAGGAUGGAGAAAAGCAAGAAUAA